CAGCUGCACAUCCGGAUUCAGAAGGUCAAAUCCAACUUACACCGUUCGACAGCAGGCCGUCCGCAAGACAUACGUGACAGCCUUUGCAAAUUGAUGUUUUCAAGUAUCAUCCAUUCUCCCUCUCAUGUCCAGGUUCUGAGCUUCCGGCUAGAAUCAUAAUUUGCUUGGACUACCACUCCAUUUCUUGAGAAUGGCCCAUCUACCACCUAACGCCGCCAUUUUCUCGCCCUCGUUGGCACGCGCUGCCGCCUCGUCCGCCAAAGACUGGUCCUAUGUCGACACUUGGCUGCGACGCAAGUUCCCUGGUCGUGGUCCCCCUCCCUUCGAGCGCAAUGCCGAAACACUGCGCGUACUACUUGCCCUCGCCUCAGCCAACGAAGCGGCCGACGAGGAGAGAGCCCUCAUAGCCCGCCUCGAGGCCGAAACGCUGCAGCAACUCAAAGCUCGCGGCCAGUCACGAGAUGCGACCCGAACAGAGGACUCGCAAGACCAUAUAAGCAACAACGCCCUCGAGGACGCCCGCCAGGCCAUCCUAACCUCACUGGAAUCCUCGCUUACGCGGGAAGGCCAGACCGCGCUCAACGCCAUGGCCUCCCUCGCACUGCAGAUCGGCAAUCCCCUCCCGACGCCAGCCACCUUAGGCUCAGAGCUCAUCUCCCUCUCCACCCGAUCCGCUGAACUCGAGCAAACCAUAUCCCGCAUCCGCACUCUCACAGACUACAUCUCGCGCGAAGCAGAAGCAAUCUCCAAACUGUCGGCCGAGUUACGGCCGCCUUCACCCCAUCAUCCUCACCAUCAUCAGCGUGACCCAUCAGAUGCAGAAGGAGAAGGGGAAGCGGAAGAAGAAGAAGGGUCUCGGGCACCAAUGGGGAACUACCACCCGCCACCCAACCUCUCCAUCCAGAACCUGGAAACCCAACGACGUAUCAAAGCCCUUUGUACUCGCUUGCCAGAGCUGCGUGAUAAGGUCGCGUCGCUGGCGAGGUCGGUCGGCGGGUUGCCCUCGCCGAGCAUAGAGCAGGUGCGGCAGGAAGAAGAGGGCUAUCUGUCGCUUCUGGCACAGAAGAAGGACCUGGAUGCCCAGGUCAAGGCGUUCCAGGGAUUGCCGCCGGACACGGAGCAGGCGAGGCAGGAACUGGAAAGCCUGAGGGCAGAGCUGCUGCGGAUGACGCUACGGAGAGACGAGGUGUUUGAAGGCCUAGUGGAGAGAGAGACGCCGAGAAAAUCCGGAUUGACGCGAAGAUAGCGGCAUAGCGGACUGAAUGAAACAUGUGGUUAUAUGAUGGUGGGAAUCUAUGGACAUCCGUCCACCUGCGCACUUGAUUGUCGUCACAGCCCGUGGAGGCCUGCCUUGAUUAUCCCCUUUCCCUUGCUAAUCAUGCUAUCCGCGCGUUCCGUGUCGCUUCCUGACGGGGUAUCGUUGU